AUGGCGAGAUGGCACAAGACCGACAAGAAGACUGGCGUGGCUAUAUACAAUUUCAAAGGCAUAGGAACACCACAACUGCCUCUACAGAUUGGUGAUGUGGUCCAUAUCUUGGAAUCCUGUGAAGAUUGGUACAAGGGUUAUCUAGUAAGACGUAAAGGAUCAGAGGGAAUAUUUCCUAAAUCUUUCAUCCACAUCAAGGAAGUUACUAUUGAAAAGAAAAGACAUACAGAAAAUAUAAUACCUGCUGAAAUUCCUUUAGUUCAAGAAGUUACUACUACUCUCUGGGAAUGGGGAAGCAUCUGGAAACAGCUUUAUGUGACAAAUAAGAAAGAUAGGUUCCAGCAGGUGCAGUCCAUGAUGUAUGACUUAAUGGAGUGGAGGUCACAGCUUCUCUCUGGGACUUUGCCAAAAGAUGAGCUCAAAGAACUCAAACAGAAAGUCACUUCCAAAAUUGACUAUGGUAACAAAAUACUUGAAUUGGAUCUAAUAGUUAGAGAUGAAGAUGGAAAUAUCUUGGACCCAGAUAAAACCAGUGUCAUCAGUCUAUUUCAUGCACAUGAGGAAGCGACAAAUAAAGUCACUGAGCGAAUCAAGGAAGAAAUGUCAAAGGAUCAACCAGAUUAUGCAUCGUACUCCCGGAUGUCUUCAUCUCCCACACACAGCCUGUAUGUCUUCGUGCGGAACUUCGUGUGUCGAAUUGGAGAGGAUGCAGAACUCUUCAUGUCACUGUAUGAUCCACAGAAAUUAACUGUUAUAAGGUAAGUUUUCUUUCUUGGCUAAACAGUAGCAAAGGGAGCUAGUAAAACAGUUUAAUAUUUUAAUUCUUUUUUGUUUGUGUUCUAGGAUCUUGGAAACAAGGACCUUAGCAGAGACAAAAUUUAUUUAGUUUGUCAAAUAGUCCGAGUUGGAAGGAUGGAUCUCAGAGAUAGUAACUCCAAGAAAUACACACAGGGACUAAGGCGGCCCUUUGGAGUGGCAGUUAUGGAUAUUACAGAUAUCAUAAAAGGAAAAGCAGAAAGUGAUGAAGAAAAACAGCACUUCAUUCCCUUUCAUCCGGUAGUGGCAGAGAAUGAUUUUUUACACAGUCUCCUAAGCAAAGUCACUGCAUCAAAAGGAGACAGUGGUGGACAAGGUCUCUGGGUAACUGUGAAAAUGCUCGUUGGAGAUGUGAUUCAAACAAGGAAAGACUACCCACAUCUUGUAGAUAGAACCACAGUUGUGGCUAGAAAGCUAGGAUUUCCUGAAAUAAUCAUGCCAGGAGAUAUAAGAAAUGACAUUUAUAUUACAUUGCUGUAUGGAGAUUUUGAUAAAUACAACAAAACAACUCAGAGAAACGUGGAAGUGAUAAUGUGUGUCUGUGAUGAAGAAGGAAAAGCGAUGCCAGGCGCCGUUUGCCUGGGAGCGGGGGACAAGCCCGUCAGUGAAUACAGGUCGGUUCUUUACUACCAGGUCAAACAGCCGCGUUGGAUGGAAACACUGAAGGUGGCAGUGCCUAUUGAAGACAUGCAAAGGAUCCAUCUACGCUUCAUGUUCAGACACAGGUCAUCUCAAGAGUCUAAAGAUAAAGGAGAAAAGAAUUUUGCAAUGGCCUAUAUAAGACUAAUGAAGGAGGAUGGAACAACUCUUCAAGAUGGCAUCCAUGAUUUGCUAGUUCUAAAGGGGGACAGUAAAAGAAUGGAGGAUGCUAGUGCUUAUUUGACAUUACCUUCUACACGUCAACACAUGGAAAAUAAAGGAGCAACCUUAGUCAGGAAUCCAAGCAAUGCAGGGGGGCUAUCAGUGAGCUCACGAGAUGCAUUUUAUAUUUCAACCCUUGUUUGUUCUACAAAGUUAACUCAGAAUGUGGGUUUGCUAGGCCUUUUGAAGUGGCGUAUGAAGCCAGAGCUCCUUCAGGAGAACCUGGAGAAACUGAAGAUUGUGGAUGGAGAGGAAGUUGUGAAGUUUCUUCAAGAUACGCUCGAUGCCCUGUUCAACAUCAUGAUGGAACAUUCCCACAGUAAUGAAUAUGACAUCCUUGUCUUUGAUGCACUGAUAUACAUCAUAGGACUCAUUGCAGACCGUAAGUUUCAGCAUUUUAACGCUGUUUUGGAAGCGUACAUCCAGCAGCAUUUCAGUGCAACACUGGCAUACAAGAAAUUAAUGACUGUUCUGAAGACUUACUUGGAUACCUCCAGCCGAGGGGAGCAAUGUGAACCUAUCCUAAGAACUCUGAAAGCACUGGAAUAUGUUUUCAAGUUCAUUGUUAGAUCAAGGACAUUAUUUUCACAGUUAUAUGAAGGCAAAGAACAAACAGAAUUUGAGGAAUCUAUGAGGAGACUCUUUGAAUCCAUCAACAACCUUAUGAAGAGCCAACACAAAACUGCCAUUUUGUUGCAGGUUGCUGCCUUGAAGUACAUACCAUCAGUUCUUCAUGAUGUUGAAAUGGUCUUUGAUGCCAAGUUACUGAGCCAACUACUAUAUGAAUUUUACACUUGCAUUCCACCAGUCAAACUACAGAAGCAGAAAGUGCAAUCCAUGAAGGAAAUAGUACGCAGCAACCUUUUUAAAAAACAAGAAUGCAGGGACAUUCUGCUUCCUGUGAUUACAAAAGAGCUGAAAGAAUUGCUGGAACACAAAGAUGAUCAGCAGCUCCAAAUCCAAGAGAAGAAGUACUGUAUUGAAUUACUCAACAGCAUCCUGGAGGUUCUGAGCUGCCAAGACCCUGCAUCAACUUACCACCAUAUUCAAGAAAUAAUGCUACAGUUGCUACGCACAGUGAACAGAACUGUUAUUACAAUGGGACGAGAUGAUCCCUUAAUUAGUCACUUCGUGGCGUGCAUGACAGCCAUCCUAAACCAGAUGAAGAACCAGCAUUAUUCAGUUUACAUUGACACUUUUCAGACAAGCUCAGAACUAGUGGACUUCUUGAUGGAAACAUUCAUAAUGUUCAAAGAUCUCAUUGGAAAGAAUGUUUACCCUUCAGACUGGAUGGCAAUGAGCAUGGUGCAGAACAGGGUGUUCUUGAGAGCCAUCAACAAAUUUGCAGAGACAAUGAACCAGAAGUUUCUGGAGAAUAUGAAUUUUGAGGUCCAACUGUGGAACAACUAUUUUCAUUUGGCUGUGGCAUUUAUUACCCAAGAUUCACUGCAGCUAGAAAACUUUUCCCAUGCAAAAUACAACAAAAUCCAGAACAAAUACGGAGAUAUGAGACGUUUAAUUGGCUUUGCUAUCCGUGACAUGUGGUACAAACUUGGCCAGAAUAAAAUUUGCUUUAUUCCGGGGAUGGUUGGGCCUAUCUUGGAAAUGACUCUUAUUCCAGAAGUUGAGCUACGGAAGGCUACAAUCCCAAUUUUUUUUGACAUGAUGCUUUGUGAAUAUCAAAGAACAGGAGAAUUCAAAAAGUUUGAAAAUGAAAUAAUUUUGAAGCUGGACCAUGAAGUGGAAGGAGGACGGGGGGAUGAGCACUACGUGCAGUUGUUUGAAUCCAUUCUUAGGGAGUGUGCUUGUCAGUACCCUGGCAUUUUUAACUUGGUUGAAAAUUUUGUCAGCCUGGUUAAAGGCCUCUUGGAGAAGCUGCUGGAUUACCGAGCGGUGAUGAAUGAUGAAAGCAAGGACAACCGCAUGAGCUGCACCGUGAACCUGCUGAAUUUCUACAAGGACAUCAAUCGUGAAGAAAUGUACAUUAGAUAUUUGUAUAAACUACGAGAUCUUCACUUAGACUGUGAGAAUUACACAGAAGCAGCAUAUACCCUGCUGCUCCACACGUGGCUCUUGAAGUGGUCAGAUGAACAAUGUGUACCCCAAGUCAUGUCAACAGAGUUCCAGUGUUCACAGACCUAUAGACAGUUGAAGGAGAAUUUGUAUGAGAAGAUCAUAGAAUACUUUGACAAAGGAAAGAUGUGGGAAGAAGCCAUCUCUUUAUGCAAAGAACUUGCUGAGCAGUAUGAAAAAGAAGUUUUUGACUAUGAACUUCUUAGUCAAAACCUGAUCCAACAAGCUAAGUUCUACGAAAAUAUCAUGAAAAUUCUGAGACCUAAACCAGAUUACUUUGCUGUUGGGUAUUAUGGCCAAGGAUUCCCCACAUUCCUAAGGAACAAAGUAUUCAUCUAUCGGGGGAAGGAAUAUGAGAGGAGAGAGGAUUUCCAGGCACAGCUGAUGAGUCAGUUUCCCGGUGCAGAGAAGAUGAACACCACCUCAGCACCUGGAGAGGAUGUGAAAAACUCUCCUGGUCAAUACAUCCAGUGUUUUACAGUUCAACCAGUCUUGGAGGAGCAACCUAGGUUCAAAAAUAAGGCAGUACCUGAUCAAAUUAUCAAUUUUUAUAAGUCAAACAAUGUGCAGCGGUUCCACUAUUCAAGACCAGUCAGGAAAGGAUCCGUUGACCCUGAAAAUGAAUUUGCUUCUAUGUGGAUUGAGAGAACAUCAUUUGUUACAGCAUACAAACUUCCUGGAAUUUUACGAUGGUUUGAAGUUGUCUCCAUGUCUCAGACUACCAUUAGUCCCUUAGAGAAUGCUAUUGAGACUAUGUCCACAACAAAUGAAAAAAUUUUGAUGAUGAUUAACCAAUACCAAAGUGAUGAGAACCUUCCUAUUAAUCCACUUUCUAUGCUUCUGAAUGGAAUUGUUGAUCCAGCUGUUAUGGGUGGCUUUGCUAAAUAUGAGAAGGCUUUCUUUACCGAAGAUUAUAUCAGAGACCAUCCAGAGGAUCAAGAAAAGCUGAACAGACUCAAAGAUCUAAUUGCUUGGCAAAUACCUUUCCUUGGGGCUGGAAUUAGAAUUCAUGAAAGAAGAGUUUCUGAUAAUCUUCGUCCUUUCCAUGACCGCAUGGAGGAAUGUUUCAAGCAUUUAAAAACUAAAGUGGAAAAACAAUAUGGAGCCAGAGAACUGCCAGAUUUUGAUGAUAAGAGAGUGGGACGGCCAAGAUCAAUGCUGAGAUCCUAUCGUCAGCUGUCAGUUAUUUCACUGACUUCCAUGAAUUCAGACUGCAGCACUCCAAACAAAAUUGCUUCAGAAAGCUUUGAUCUGGAAGCAGUGCUACCAAAGCCAGUAAAAGCAGAAUCAGAGGAGACUGCUCUGCAAAUUAAUCCUCACCCUGAAGUAAAGAUGAGAAGAUCCAAAAAAAGAACAAAAAGGAGCAGUGUGGUGUUUGCUGAUGAGAAAACAGCACCUGAUAUUUCUGUCUCUGACAUGAAAUGUCUGUCAAGGAAAUACGAGUUCAUGAGUGACACCAACCUCUCAGAACAUGUAGUGGCACCUCAGAAAACAUCUGUCCUCAAGCAGAUGAGUUCUGUCAGCCGUUCUAUGCCAACUAUCCCAGGAUUAACUCUGUCUGUCAGCACUGUGGCACCUGAUGAAACAAUUGCAUCACAUAGGCUGAGUCAACCAGUGUUUCCUUCCACCACAGAUGGCGACAAGAAAACCUCCAAAAAAAAGAAAGUGAACCAGUUAUUUAAAACAAUGCGCAUUUCCAAAGUUCUGGAAGAUGGAAAGCAGUCUGUGGAGCACCAUUUCAAAUCUUCAUCUACAGAUCUGUAA